GCGUGCAGACAAGGCGGAUUGUAACGCUGCUGAAGCUUUGACUGGUGGUGAGCUGGGCCCGGCUGUCUCUGGAGCUGCGUCGGACUCUGGUUCACUUACGAAGAGGAGGGUGCAGCGGAGACUCGCCUACGUGUUGUCUCCGGUAUCGGGCCUCUUGCCUGGGAGCCCAGUCGGAUUCUUCCUUCCCCGCCCCGUCUCUCAGGAAUACUUCCAAGAGGCAGCAGCGAAGUGCGCACUGUCCCAUCUGCAGGCUGUAGAAACCUUUCCCGGACGGCCGCGGCGGGCAGGACCGAGCAGCUGACCCUUCGGAAGACUUGGACAUGCCGUUUGCCUCCUGAGGGGAGGGGGCGAGGAUGGGCACUCAGGGCAGCCCUGUGAAGAGCUACGACUACCUCCUAAAAUUCCUGCUGGUGGGAGACAGCGAUGUCGGAAAGGGAGAGAUCUUGGAGAGCCUGCAGGACGGAGCAUCGGAGUCCCCUUAUUCCUAUAGUAACGGUAUUGACUACAAAACUACUACCAUCCUCCUAGAUGGCCGGCGGGUGAAGCUUGAGCUGUGGGACACUUCUGGCCAGGGAAGGUUUUGCACCAUCUUUCGUUCUUACUCCAGAGGAGCUCAGGGUAUCCUCUUGGUUUAUGAUAUCACCAAUCGGUGGUCCUUCGAUGGAAUAGACCGAUGGAUCAAAGAGAUCGAUGAGCAUGCCCCAGGUGUGCCCCGUAUAUUGGUGGGGAACAGACUCCACUUGGCCUUUAAAAGGCAAGUACCGACUGAGCAGGCCCGGGCCUACGCGGAGAAGAACGGAAUGACGUUUUUUGAGGUCAGCCCACUCUGUAACUUCAACGUGACGGAGUCCUUCACUGAAUUGUCCCGGAUAGUGCUGAUGAGGCAUGGAAUGGAGAAGAUCUGGAGACCGAACAGGGUGUUCAGCUUGCAAGAUUUGUGUUGCCGGGCUAUUGUCUCCUGCACCCCCGUACAUCUCAUCGAUAAGCUCCCUCUUCCAGUGGCCAUCAAGAGCCACCUCAAAUCCUUUUCAAUGGCCAACGGAAUGAAUGCUGUGAUGAUGCAUGGACGAUCCUACUCUGUAGCCGGCAGCAGUGGCGGAGCCGCCGGCAGUGGCGGGGGAAGCAAAGGCAACAGCCUUAAACGGUCAAAGUCUAUUCGGCCGCCGCAGAGCCCCCCUCAGAACUGCUCAAAAAGCAACUGUAAGAUUUCCUAGCCGGGGGGGAUGUGGAUAACCGGAGGCUGCUAUUGGCAAUAAACCCUACACGGUCAGUGAAGAGCCAUGUGAUCUGGCCGGGAGAGUCCGCAGUUGGCACGGUGACCUUUUGAGGUGUUGGCAGGCGAUGACCCUAGAAAAGGUCAUUGACACGUUACGCAGUCACCACCCAACCCAUGCAAUUUUUUUUUUUUUUACAAGGGUUAAAACACUGCAUGAUGGACGUUCCUCCCUUCCACAUCCCCGAGAGCGGCAGAGCGUGCACUGUGCUAAAGGACCCCUCUUUACCUUUAUUUAUAAGAGUAUAUAAUAACUGACGCCUCACUUUUUUUUUUAUAAAUGUAACGCCUGAUCAUACGACGCUUCUGUAUCAUGCUGUAAAUAAUGUUUUUACGCCCCCUUGUGGCAGGGGCAAACAUAGGGGCAUAUUUCAUAGACCAGGGUAUUCCGCAGUGACCAGUCAUGUAGGGUUAAAGACUCGAUGUUAUCAGGGGUGCCUGUAUAUAGUACUUUGGAGCGUCUGUCACCUUUUAGUCAAGUCAUAGCUUCCCUUUUAUAUGCACAACACGGCCGCCGUCAGAGCCCAAAAUGGCAGCUUGGCCCCUCUGUACCUGUCUGUGGGACUUAAAAAAAAUAAUUCUACCUCAGCAGUUUUGGAUGAAGACCACCAGGUUGGACAGGCACCUGUUGAUUUUGGGGCUAGCACAUUUGGACAUGACGGAGGUAUAGUUCAGGGGUUCGUGUGAAUGUUGACAUUGCGGCUGACCUUAACAAGGAUCUGUCCACUCACCUUCUAUGUUAGUAAGUACUUGUCUUCUCCUUCAGAUAACAGUAUUAGAGCAUCAACUCUGUGUGCCGCUGUUCCUUGGUUAUUCCUCCUGGAAUUGUGUUACUAGAUUGCCAACUGAUUGUUGCCAUUCCUUUGUCAGUGGGGUGCAAUCAGAGCUAGGACUGUAGGGACACACACCUUUGACAUAGGGAAUGGCAACACCCAGUUUGCAAUUUCUUCAUAGGUUCCCUGGCCAAAUAACAGAGGAACGGCACAGUGUGAAAUCCUGGAAUAGUUCUUUAGAAAUACAAGUUUUUAUUAAAACAGUCAGUGCUAACCAGUUCUCUUUUAAAGCGUUUGUCCCCUGGUUUGGGGCCAUUAAACCACUGGCAUGCCAUUAUGCCUCUGGGGUUUAAUGUCCCGAACCUGCCUAUAGCAUACCUAUACAUCCCUGCAAAGUAUAGUAAAUGAGGAUGUGAUUUACCAGGAGAGGAGACCGGGACUCUUCUCCUACAGUAUUGGGCGCAUUCGCAGUGAGUCCAAGUAUAGUACACUUUGCUUCAAUGUGUAUGCGCAUGUGUCCAGUGCUGCUGGAGAUGCAAUGUGCAUGCGCCCGAUGCUGCUGGAGAGGAGUCCUGGACCCUUCCCCUGUUAAAUUAGCUCUGUGUACUAUACUUUGCAGGGACAGAUGGGUGGGUUUGAUAUGGGCAGAUGCACACCAGCAUACUGGUGAUCUAGUGACCUCAGAUUAGAUGACGGCUUCCCUUUUUAAAGGGGUUCUCUCAUCUUGGACCUUGGUGGUUUAUCCUAGCGAUAUGCCGCCAAUGUCAGAUAAGUGUGGGACCUGCACCUGUCUCAAAAACGGGACCCCUGAAGCGAGCGGAGAGCAGCUGUGCAUGCGCAGUUGUCCUCCAUUCAUAUCUAUGCAGUUCCGAAAAAAGCCAAGCAUUGUUUCCAGCAGUCCCAUAAGCGAUGGCCACGCUUUUGCAGUGCACGCUCCAUCCAUUCCUAUGGUACUUCCAAAAAAUAUCCACGCAUGCUUCCCAUAGAAAUUAAUAGAGAGCAUGCCGCACAUGCGCAGUGUGCUGUCCUUCACUUUUGGGGGCCCAUUUUAGAGAUAGGUGUGGGUGCCACCUCUGAGACCCACACCUAUCGGACUUCGAUGGCAUAUCCUAGUGGAUGAGCCAUUAAUGUCCCAGAUGGAACAUCCCCUUUAAAUCCUGUAAUCAGGUCCUUAUAUCGGGUCCGGUCCUUGAUUUUCCUUUUAUCAACGAGCAAGAAUUCAUAACCUGAGGUGGGAUACACGCAGUAAAUUGAAUUUUCUUUUCUCCCUCAAAUGUAAAGGAUCAAAAUCUUCCGAUAAUUCACUGUAAGGGGUCAGAUUACAGAGUAGGCAGCCAUGUCUUAGGGUAGUCGGUGACUUUGGACGGAUCACAGUGUAUAGCAUUGGAAGUCACACGAUGGUCGCACAUUCACACGUUCCUCCUGUCCAUUGACUUCUUUAGUGCCCCUGUUGCCUGUCUAUGAAGCAAGCUGCUGGCAAAAGCGAGACUUCCUGCAGAAUGCCAGCCAUAUUGCUGAGAAAUCGGGCAUCAGCCGGCUAUAUAAUUCACUGCUCCCCACCCCCAGUCAGUCACCCCCAAUACUAGCACCAUAUCUUCCAUGGUUCUCCCCAAAACCCGUGUACAGUCCUUUUUAUAAACCAAAAUGUUUAUCAGUGGAAAAGGAUUCUGGGUGUAUUAACCCUUUUCUUUCUUUGACUCAGGGCGAGAAUGAAAGCGCAGUCAGUGAUGGAUUCUUGAAGAAUAAGUUUUCAGAGAGAGCCAGUACGCACCAAGCGCCCGUAGGCAGCCAUCUUGUAAGGCACGAGAAUUUUUAUAGGAAUUGGUAACCUCUCUGGGCUAAUCCAACGUAUUUGGCUCCAGCUUCAUUGUUUUAUUAGGUGGUGUUGGAAUUUAAAGGGCAACCCCAGUGAGUGUAAAGGAGUAUUCCAGUGAUUACAAAUUAUCACCAAUCUACUAAAGAGGUGAUAACUGCUUGAUUGAAGAAGGUCUGACUGCUGGGGCCCCUGCAGAUCACCAGAAUGGGGGUCCUGUUUCUUGAGUAUGUGUGCGCUGCUGCCCCAUUCAAAGUCUUUGAGGGUCGCAGAGCGCUGUGCUCGGCUGUCUUCGUCAGUUCCAUGGCGUUUGCAUGGUCACCUGCCAGUUCAUUCAAACGGGGUACAUGGGACCUCUUUUCUAGCAUCGGUGGGAGUCCCAGCAGUGAGACCCGCACCUAUUUAGCCGUUCCUGUCCAGAGGAUUGCUUAUAAUUUAGUACUAGAAUACACCUUUUAAAGGGGUUGUCCAGGAUUUAAAAAACAUGGCUGCUUUGUUACAAAAUCAGCGCUGCACCUACCCAUGGGGAGGCGCUGCUCCAUUGGAGUUAAUGCGGUUGCAAUACCACAAACAACCUGUAGAACUGGUUAGCACUGACUGUUUU